GUAUUGGUCUGCCACGUCCAUGUUAUUGUGAUACGCUGUAUGUAAAUAGUAUUGGUCUGCCAUGUUCAGGCAAAUUGGUUUUAUUGUUGUGCUUUUCUUCCCCCCUUAUUUAGGUCCAUAUUAAUGUAACCUACUAAAGUGUGUUGUGGAAUUACUCGGUGAGAAUGAACAAGCACCGGAAUCACGUGACAGAGAUCAUGGAUCUCACUCUGAAAAUCAUCUAUCUGCUGACUGGAGAGGACUAUAUUUUUGAGAAGAAACAUUUUGAACAUAUGAAUGAUCAACAUGAAUCAGAAGAAUCCUGUAAUACUGGAAGCCCCAGCUCAGCACUUCCACUCCAAUUAUCAAUGCCUGAAAGUGACAAUGACAAGAAGAUCCUGUUAUUAACCAAUAAGAUCACUCACCUGCUGAGUGGGGAGGUGUGGCAGUAUUUGGAAGGGCACAAUGAUCUUUACAAGAACAUGAAAAUUGAAACUAAUCAGUCUCUCAGGCGACGUGCUGAUGAAAUUGUGGGAAAUGAUAUUUUUGAAGGAGUACACACCACCAGUUCUUCAAUGGAUUGUUUAACUGAGAAUGAAAGAUAUAGCAUUAAUAAUGUGGCUGCGGAGUGUUCUAACACAAAUAACGACAUGAUGCAGAAAGGAAUUCAGGAAUCUGAUGUACGUGGAGCUGGAAAUGAUAUGAACACCAAUGUUUGUAAACCAAUAGAAAAGACCCAGACAGAAUAUCGAUCUACUCGUAUUAAGGAGGAAUCAGCCUCAUGUGAAGAAAGAAAUCUAACAAACACUGACAUUAAUACACCAAAAGAACAUACGCAGACAGAAUAUCGAUCUACUCAUAUUAAGGAGGAAUCGGCCUCAUGUGAGGCAGGUGUAGAACCUGACAUGUAUACAGAUACAGCAUAUACACAAGCAGAUUAUCAAUCUACGUUUCUUAAAGAGCAGUCAUUCUCAUGUGAAGGACAUCUCACAGAAACUGAUGCUUAUACACCCAUAGAAUAUAUACAAGCAGCAUAUCUAUCUACUUCUUUGAAGGAAGAAUCAACUUCGUCUGAAGAUGUGAACCCUACAGCCGCUGGCUGUUACAUACCCACAGAACAUGCACAGUGUAGGUUUCCAGGUACUGACUAUAACAAAGUUGAUACUAUAAGGGAAGGUAAUACUAUUCAACCUAUAAUUGACUGCAGAGAACGUGGUAUAAACUUUAACGAUGAAUCUGUCCAUGCUGCUCAUUCCAGGAUACACACCAUGAACAGAAUUACCUCUGGAGCCAAAUCCUUCUUAUGCACGAAGUGUAAUGUAUGUUUCACUCACAAAAAGGACCUAGUAAGACAUCAGAGAACUCACACUGGUGAAAAGCCAUUUCUUUGCUCAGAAUGUGGGAAAUCGUUUACCCGAAAUUCCACACUCGUUAGACAUAAGAAAAUUCAUACAGGAGAGAAACCAUUCUCAUGCUCUGAGUGCCAUAGAAGUUUCUCUCAAAAAUCUCACCUUAUUGUACACUAUAGAGUCCACACUGGCGAAAAGCCAUUUCAUUGUGAGGAAUGUGGGAAAAUGUGUAAUAGUAAAGCAGAGCUUGUUCGACAUCAGCGAGCGCACACAGGAGAUAAACCAUUCUCAUGCUCUGUCUGUGGAAGAUGUUUUGCUGACAAAUCAGCCCUUGUAAGCCACCAAAGGAUUCACACAGGAGAGAAACCAUUCGCCUGUUCUGUGUGUGGGAAGCACUUUGCACAUACAUCAACUCUCUUGAAACACAAGACAAUUCACACAGACGACAAGCCAUUUUCUUGCUCUGUUUGUGGCAAAUGUUUUGCUCAGAAAGCAGAUGUCAUCAAGCACCAUAUGAUUCACACAGGAGAGAAACCUUUUGCCUGCUCUGUGUGUGGGAAACACUUUACUUGUAAUACGACCCUCUUGAAACAUGUGACAAUGCACUAUGCCAUUGAUCAAAAUAUCCACUCGCACGCUUGCAGUUAG